AUGAGCUCGAAGCGCCAACGGCGAGAGGACCAAGCGCCGGCUAUCGCGCACGAACAGAGCGAACCUGUGCUGCUCACCAGCGUAUCCGUAGGCUGCCGUGAUGCGCGCCCGCAGCUGCAGUCUCUGGCCCACGUCGGCUUCGCGAUUAAUGCAUUCUUGGACUUGCGCUCCGUCGCGCUCGCCUGUUCGAUGGACUCGGUGGCUCUACUGCGGCAUAUUAUUGCGGGUUAUGAGAAGACACCGGCCACGAGUGUGCAGCGCGACCCGUUGUUCCGUCAGAUCCACUUCUCGAGAGGAAUGAAGGCGGCGUGCAAGGAGGGGCACCUCUCCGCUGUGCAGUGGCUGGCACUGUCGCCGUACUUUGCGGCAUGUUUCAUGCCGACUGAAGCGGUGCGCAGCGCAGUGCAACACGGACACUUGAGCAUAUUGGAAUGGCUACAUGCUAACCGAAACGACAUUUGUUGGAGACGCUGCUUUACUGCUGUGGACGGGAACCAUCUCGAUAUAACCAAGUGGCUGAUGAUGAUGACCGGGCGAGACGAAAGCAGAGGGAGGAUGUGGAUCGUCCCCGCUGCCAGAGCGGGGAACUUGGAGAUAGUUAAGCGGACCUAUAAGUUGAAAGGGAAGACGCCGGCCAAGACACGGGAAGCUGUGGGAGCUGCCGCCAUAAAUGGCCACGUAAACGUGGUACAGUGGUUGUUGGAGCAAAAGGCCGCAGAACGCAAAUGCAUCGGGUUUGCUGAAAGAAGGCAAUAUGGAAACGCUGGAGAUGCUGUGGACACACCGUGA